CUUAGCCGCCUGAAUUCAACUUGCACAGCUUCGCUGGUCGUGGUCAAUGGCUGCAGUGGGGCUUUCGUCCACGCUCAACACGCCAGUCACACCGGCCGCGGCCGCUGCCUUCGACUUGUUGAGACCUUCCCCUUUAGCUCGAACCGCCCCAGCUGCACCCAGUCCACCUGGAGCGCCAACACCCGGCGGGUGUGCCGGCGCCAGGGAUGAUCAGAUCUUAGGGAAGAUCUUGUCCAAAGGACCAGCACCUGGGCCACCAGGGCUGCCAGGGCCACCGAGGCCAGCGCCAGCGCCAGCUCCGGCAGCACCGGCAGCUCCGGCAUCUCCAGCAGCUGCGGCAGCUUUGGCCACUUUGGGAGCCACACCGGCUGUUAACCCCCCACCCUUGAGACCACCUCCAGCUCCUUCUCCAGCUGCAGCUCCCUCGCGACCGGCGCCUCCUGGAUUGGACCUAGAUGCCAAAGUGGUGGGAAACCUCAUAGCUGCCUCGCCCAAGGCGCACCAGGACCCGAGCGUUUCCCGUGACGCGGGAGUCUUGGACAGUUUCUUGCGGAAGCAUGCUCCCGGUCCAGAAGCCUUCGUCCGACGGAAGCCAGCGCCUCUGACGAACCUGGACACGCCAACGGCGCAAGAUGAUGCCAUGCUGCAUCGUCUCCUGGAGCGAGGAGCAGGCCGACCAGGUGCAGACGCACCCAAAGGCAGAUCGGAUGGUUUGGUACGCUUCAGUCUUGGGCAGACCAGUCCAAAAGGAGGCUAUCCUGUAGAUGACAAGCCAGGUCCUCUUGGCAACAUUGGAUAUCCAGUGGCCUACCGGCGCAGCACUUCUCAUUCUCAGCUCGUUGCGGGCCGUGCUCGUAGCGGUGCGAAGCGAAGUGGUGCAAACCGCGGCAAGGUGAGGACAAACAUUAUCGAGGAGCGAGCAAAAGAUGAUCUUCAGGAAGAGAACUUGCAGCUGCGAAGGGCUCAAGUGGAGAUGAAGACACGGCUGCAGAAGCUUCAGGUGCAGAUCCGGAACGCGCAGGAGGAGCCGAAGGACACGAAAGCUUUUGAGCAGAAGGCUUCGGAAGUGGAGGAACUCCAGCGCGCCCUUUCAGCCCCUGGCCGUGCCAAGGCGUCCACAUCACCCGGAGCGCGGCGCGGUGUGCGCUCCAGGCAGCCGCAGCGUCGCUUCCCAGGACGUUUGCGGGGCCGGAUGACGGCGAUGCCAUUCGGCCAGGGCUACGGCGGUGAGCUCCGGCCCAGCUCGCCGGUACGGGCUGGAGUGUUGCCAGCCCUACAUAUUCAGCCGGAGCUUAGCCCUUCCAGGCAGAGCAGGCUGCUUGCGGUGUGGCGGUGGCCUGGCAAGAGGCCGGGUAGCCCCGCAGGAAGACUUUCGCCUCAGGCGGAGUCACGGCGGAGCGCUUCACCCAGAGCACCUGAGAGGCCACUGCCACCGCCUUCGUUUGAUGUGAAGGAGCCGAUGCCGGCGCAUACCCUGGGCAGUUGGAUGCCACCGCCCUUUCCGAGCCCCAAGGGAUCGAAGGCUUUGGCUGGUGCAACUGAAGUGGAGCAACACAUUGCGAAUCAGAACAAAAUGAAGGAGGACGAGCUGAAGCAGCGGAAUCAAGACUUGCGGAAGCAGCUCGAUGAGCUUUUGGUCCAGCAGGUGACAGCCGAUCACUACUCAGAGAAGCAGAAAUCCAGGUACAAAGAAAAGACCAAAGCGCAGGAAGCCAAGAUCAAAGCCUUGGAAUCUGCACUCGAGCGGCAGCGAGACAAGGUCCGUCAUGCAGAGGGUGCUCUUCAACACGACAAGCAGAAGCUGGAGAUUGAUGUGGCUGUCUUGGCCACAGAGCUACAUCAUGCACGAGUGCCGACCUCGCAGGACGACGGCUCGGAGCUUCGCCUGCAGCUCGCGCAGGCCCAUGCAUCUGCAGAGGAGAUGAAGAGGCAAAUCCGGGACAUCACCAAGUUCGCCUUCUCCUCCUCCACGGAGCAAAGAAUGAUCUCUGAGCAGCGGAUGAAGGAGCUGGAGGAUCUGCUUGGAAAGAAAACAGAGGAGUCGGAGCAGCUGCAGCGCGAGCGUCAGGAGAUCGACGCGGAGUGCGCGCAGGUGCGGGUGGACGUGGCGGACUUGGAGCAGCAGAGUCGAAGGCGACCGGGCGACGACCGGGAGAUGGUCUCGUGGAGACGCCGCUGCGAAGCGCAGUUGUUGGGAGCUGAAGCCGGGUGCGGGAAGCCGGGUCCGGAGUCCAGGCGAACCUAUCAGCGUACACUGCACCUGAGCAAUGAACUCGAGUUCGUACACAAGCAACAUGCCCGGGAGCUGAGUGCGUUUCACAUCGUGGUGCGGAGGAGGAUCGGUGCGUGCGUGCGGAGGAUCGGUGCAGAGAGGCCGACCAUUUGGGACGCCGCGCAGCGUGUUUCGCCGGACUUGGACAGGCCUCCGCCGGAGCCGCCUGGCCUGUCCACCGGGUUUCCAUGGAACACGGCCGGGCACCGUGUGGGCAAGGCAUGGGCCUUUGUGAUCUCUGCGCGAGUGGAGCUGGGGCUGUUCCUGGCUGCCCUCUUGGACUGGAGCUCAGACUCCGCGCACUUCCUCCUCUUUGGCAACUCCACUCCCUCCAAGUCGAAACGAAGCAAGGACCCGGACCUGGAUUUGGUGGAGCGGAUGGAAGGGCAUGACCAUGACGACCGACCCGAGCCGAAUCCCUACGCAGCUCGUGACGUAGAGCUGGCCUUCUCCGACGCCUCACGCUCCAACAACGCCCGCCAGGCCCCCUUCGGGGGCCUUCGUCGGGGGAAGGACGACGACCAUUUCGACGGUUCUGAAUUGCUGGUCCGCUGCGAAGAAGUUCCCCGAGUCCAUCGAUGUCCCUCUGGCGCGGACGCCUUGACCGCGGCGCACGUCGUCGAGGCGAUGCAACGUUUUAAGAAGGCGCGGGGUUUGCGCGGAGAGAUCUCCGCCUACCUCGCCAAGCAUCGCAGCUCGGUGCAGCGGUUGGCGGUGGAACUGGUGGUGGGUCAUGAUUCAGACUUCGUGGCGGCAUUCCUCAAGAGCUUGCCAGCAGGCUUUGCGCUGGACAGCCGCAGCUAUGAGAUCCUGAUGAACAUGCACUUCACGAUGAGGAAUUUUGAGAAGGUCGAUGAGCUGGUGGCGGAAGCCAAGGCCAAGAAGGCGGCUCCAGUCGGGCGCUCCUCUGCGAUGGCUCCGCUCGGCACGAUGCAAGGUCAGUCAGCGCCGCAAUGCUCUCGGUAG